CUAAAAAAAAAGAGGACAUUCGGAUAAAAUGUCUGCCUGAGGGUGUACGUGACAGUGUACAUGGUUAUUGGUCUAUUCGCCAGGGUUAUAACUGGUCCCAGUAUACACACAUUGUGAUUCGUCUGAGAGGUGAUGGACGCACCUAUGGACUAGGCUUGCAAUCACUAUAUAAAAAAACUCACAUGCUAGACUUAAGCAUGGGCCUCACUGCAAAUGACCAGUACCAUUAUCCCAUGUUUACCCGCGGAGGGCCAUACUGGCAAACUGUCAAGAUUCCCUUCAGUAAGUUUUACCUAAGUCACAAAGGCACAGUACAGGAUAAGCAAUCACGAAUGAACAUCUCGGAAGUGGGCUUUUUCUGUAUAAAUCUUAUGGACAAUGUUAACGGCCCAUUCAACCUAGAAAUUGAUAACAUUGCUCUCCUCAGAGAUGAAAAUCACCAGGAAGAGCAUGCUUAUGAACUGUAUCAACUGGAGGACUAUGUUGUUGGUGUUUACUGAGAGAUAAAUUAACAAUACUAGCAAUAUAAUAUAUGUUGUUUAUUGAAAAAAUACCAGUAUUGUCCGAGACAUUUUCAAUGUACUGAUAUAUAUAAAGCAUUGCUGCGACACCA